UAUAAAUGAGUUAAAGCAUGAAGUUCAGUUUCAGUUCAGAGCGAAUCAGAGAGCGCGCGGAUCAUUAUGCUGGAUUAUACUGUGCUGUUCAGCCUGCUCGCGCUGGCGUGCUCCGGGGGGAUCGUGUUUGAGGGAGAUCUCUCCGCGACUCUCGGUCUCUCCGCCUCGCUCUCCUGCUCGCUGCCCGGCGUCGGCGGGAUAAAGCAGGUGACGUGGCAGCACCGAGACCCCGCGGGCUCCGUCCACGCCGUGAUCACGCUGAGCGAAAGCCUGGAGCAGCUGGUGGGGGAGCAGUACGCGGGGAAAGUGCAGCUGGCGGCGGACUCGCUGAACGCCACCACUCUCCUGAUCAGGAACAUUACUUUCGCAGAGGAGGGCUGUUACACCUGCAAAUUCUACGUAUAUCCGUCCGGAACAGUGCGCGAGACAUCCUGCCUCAGUGUUUCCGGUUUAACAGGAAUAGAAACAUCAAAGGCUUUACCUGAUCCUACUGAAAAGAGAGCUGCCUCAUGCAGUGCUACGGGUAAACCUGCUCCAGUGGUCCGCUGGAUGUGUGAAGGUCAGGAAAUAAGAGCUUCUUCCGAUAACAACAUAACUAAUGAAGACGGCACAGUGACAACGACAAGCUACCUAGCAUCGCUACCAGAAGAGUGCAGCGGAGAAACUGUGGAAUGUGUUGCUGAAAGUGGAAAAAUGAAGCUGACUGAACAUUUACAGAGGACAUUUAAUACUACAGAGAAUGCGUCAUCCAGACGUUACCUUGCUUCUGGUUUUGCUGCAGUCGUCUGCGUACUCAUAGUCAUUGGCGUGUACAUCAUCACAUAUAUCAGGAAGGGUAUGAAAGACCGUAAUAAACCACCGGUCUAAUGCACCCAGACCAGGAAGAGGAAGAGAUAUCCAUCCUACAUCAUCAUCAGGCACUUUAACUAGUUUAGUCUUUUUUAAUACAGGUUUAUAAGCUUAUGAAAUAUCAUGUAUUUGUAUUUAUUUGAAUAGAAUUUCUUGUUUCAGUAUUUAUAAAAAGGUUUUAUUUAUGCAGUAUUUGUUCUUUAAUGUUUUUGCACAUGCACUGUUUUUUCAUUUACUCUCAAUACCCCACUUGUCACACACCCCUGAAUGUGAAUGAUUGACUUGUGAAUGUUAAUGUUGGCUUGAAGUUGUUUGUACUGUACUGUGUUUGCACUGAUGUAUACGUGAAGCAUUAAGUCUGUUUAUGAUGUUUUAUUAUUUCCUCAUUAAUGUGAGGUUCUAAAUUGCUGGUACUCUAAAUUUCCCAGCUUUAACCAGUAAACUGUGCUGGACACAGAACUGCAGGACUGAAUGUAAAAUCACUAAUUAAAUAAAAAUGACCAAACUAAA